AUGGAGCAGAUUCCCAUCAUCACCAAAAGAUGGGAAAGGCAGGCUUUCAGCGAGGAAACGGUGGAGCCUGGCUGCAUAAGAUACUGCGCCGGGUUCUCCAUCCCAUCCAACGGUCCAGAAAGUGUGAGCUGGUCCAAGGAGAGGCUGAUUGCCGUUGAUGAUGUUGACUUCUGGCUCAAGUAUGAGAUAGUGGAGAGCAACAUCGGGUUCAAUUCGUAUGAAUCUACGAUGAAGGUCUUGAGCGAUAAUGAUGAUGAGUCAAAUGGAUGUAUGUUAGAAUGGUCCUUUGUCGUUGAUCCUGUGGAAGGGUUGGAGCUUGAGGAACUGGUUAGCAAGUACCGUGUGGCAGUUCAGGUUAUGGGCCAGAAAAUCGAGGAAGAAAUUCAAAGUUUGGUAAGUAGAAUUUUGAAGAAUUGACAACUUUGAUGAUAUAUUUGGUUUGUUAAUACGUUUGUUUGGAUUUGAUACUGUGUUCAAGAGAGUUAUAAUUUGACUAAUUUUUAUAU